AUGGCAGCAUGGCAAGAUGGCAGCAUGGCAAGAUGGCAGCAUGGCAAGAUGGCAGCAUGGCAAGAUGGCAGCUGUAUCCAGGAAGCAGGUAUCCAGCAAGCAGGUAUCCAGCAAGCAGGUAUCCAGCAAGCAGGUAUCCAGCAAGCAGGUAUCCAGCAAGCAGGUAUCCAGCAAGCAGGUAUCCAGGAAGCAGGUAUCCAGCAAGCAGGUAUCCAGCAAGCAGGUAUCCAGCAAGCAGGUAUCCAGCAAGCAGGUAUCCAGCAAGCAGGUAUCCAGGAAGCAGGUAUCCAGCAAGCAGGUAUCCAGGAAGCAGGUAUCCAGCAAGCAGGUAUCCAGCAAGCAGGUAUCCAGCAAGCAGGUAUCCAGCAAGCAGGUAUCCAGCAAGCAGGUAUCCAGGAAGCAGGUAUCCAGCAAGCAGGUAUCCAGGAAGCAGGUAUCCAGCAAGCAGGUAUCCAGCAAGCAGGUAUCCAGCAAGCAGGUAUCCAGCAAGCAGGUAUCCAACAACCAGGUAUCCAGCAAGCAGGUAUCCAGCAACCAGGUAUCCAGGAAGCAGGUAUCCAGCAAGCAGGUAUCCAGCAAGCAGGUAUCCAGCAAGCAGGUAUCCAGCAAGCAGGUAUCCAGCAAGCAGCUCCAAAGGCACAAUAUUAUGGCAGUGAUGAGCGGGAAGGUGGCGGCGGCGAGCUGCUCAAGUAA